AUGUAUAUAAAAGAAAUUAUUAUUGAAGGUUUCAAGAGUUACGCCACUCGUACAAUUAUUAAGGGCUUUGAUCAGUAAUUCAAUGCAAUUACAGGUUUUAAUGGAUCUGGUAAGUCUAAUAUCUUAGACUCUAUCUUAUUCGUUCUUGGUUUGAACAAAGAUUGGGAACUGCUAAGAGUUAAGAAGGUUCAAGAAUUAGUUUAUAAAUAAGGUCAUGCAGGUAUAACAAAAGCAGAAGUUACAGUUAUUUUCGACAAUUCUAACAAAGAAUAAUCACCUCUUGGUUAUGAAUCAUAUGACACAAUUUCUGUUACUAGACAAGUCUAAUAAGAAAAGAGUAAAUACUUCGUUAAUGGUACAAAGCUUACUUUAAAUCAAGUCAAAAAUAUGUUCAGAAGUGUUUAAUUAAAUAUUGACAAUCCUCACUUCUUGGUUGCUUAAGGUAGAAUUACUAAGAUCAUCAACUUGAAACCUUAGGAACUCAUUUCUAUGCUUGAAGAAACUGCAGGAACUGCUCUCUACAAUGAAAAGAAAAGAGAAAGUGAAAAAAUUAUUAAGAAAAAAGAGGAAAAGGUUAAGGAAAUCAAUGAUUUGAUUGAUACAGAUAUCCAACCUAAAAUGAGAAAGUUGAAAGAGGAAAAAGAACAAUAUUUGAUUUGGAAGAGCAGCGAAGUUGAAAUCAACAAAAUGGAUAGAAAGCUUAAAGCUUAUGAAUAUUUUAAUAAGAACAAUCUUUUAAAGGAAAGAAUGAGAGAAAUAGAAAGCAAGCAAAGCAUUCUCACACAUGCUUAGAGAGAAUUAACUAAGGUUACAAAUGAUUAUUAGCAAGUUAUUGAUGAAAUGAAAAACCAUGGUAGAAAGCAAGAUGCUGAAAAGGAUAAACAACUCAGUCGUUAUGAAAUGGCACUGAAAAAUUUGGAAGAUACUAUUUAAAGACAAGAAAAAGAUCGUGAAACCAUUAAAAAAUUUUAAAUAUCUUCUUUACAAGAAUUAAAGAAGUAGGAAAAUAAAGUUCGUUUAUGCGAAGAAAAUAUUGCUAAAUUUGAAAAGGAUUUGGAAUACUCUAGAUAGUAGCUUGCUGACCUUCAAGCUGAAUAUGAUUAAAAGAAAGAAAAUCUCAACGAAGUUAACAGACUUUCUAAAAAUGAUUCUGGUAACAUAGAUGCUGCAAAGGAAUAAGUUGAUGAAUAAAUUGUAUUCACAAAGAAUAAACUCAGAAACUUUAAAAACGACAUUGCUAAAUUAGAAAAUUCCAUCAAGCAAAAGCAAAAUAUCAUCAAGAAUUAAAAAGAAAAUAUUGAAAGUGCCUAAAGAGAAAGAGAAAGUCUUAGCAAAAAGCUUGAAAUCUUAGAAAAAGAAAUUAAAUAAGUUGAAGAUGACAUCGAUAAAUGCACAUUCAAUGUCAAUGAGCUCAGAGCAAGAGAAAACGAAAGAGCUAACUAUGAUCAAUAAAUUAUGAAGCUUAAUCACAACCUUGAAAAUAUUUUGAACCAAAAUGGUAACUGGAUUUUCAAGCUUCAAUUUAGAGACCCUGAACCUAAUUUUGAUAGAAGCAAAAUUAAGGGAAGAAUUUUGACUUUAUUCAAAGUAAAAUCUCCUGAAUAUUUCGAAGCACUUGAAGCUGGUGCAGGUGGAAAAUUGCUAAAUAUUGUUACUGAAGAUGAAUAAACUUCUAAGUUAAUGCUUAAAAAGAAUUGCUUCUCUUUUAAUGUUAGAUUUAUUCCUAACAAUAAGAUUGUUAGCAGAAAGAUUGAUGAACAAAUAGUUUAAGAAGCUUAACGUAUUGCAAAUGAAAUGGGAGGAUGGGCUCUUCCUGCUUAUGAACUUAUCGAAUAUGAUAAGUAUUUAGAAAGAAGUAUGCUUUUUGUAUUUGGAAACUUCAUUGUUACUUCUAAUCAACAUAUCGCUAAGUAGAUAGCCUUUAAUUAGAAUGUUAGAAUGAGAAUCAAGUGUGUCACUCUCGAAGGUGAUAUUAUUGAUCCUCAAGGUACUUUAUAAGGUGGUUAUCAAGAUAAUAGAAACCUCACACUUACUCGUUAUGCUAAUUAUAGAAAUAUUUAAGACGAGAAAGAAGAAAUAAUCUACAAUAAAGGUCAACUUUAAGAAAGCAUCAACUACCUUAAAAAAGAAGAAAAUUAUUAUAAUGGUUUGAAGGAUGAUUUAACAAAUAAAAAAUUCAGAUUUGAAAAAUUCGCUGAACAAUUAAGAAAUCUUUCUGGUCGUGGUAUCCAAGAGCAAUAAGAUAAGCUUGAAAGAGAAAUUCAAGAUGAUAUUGAAAUGCUUGCACGUGUUUAAGAUCAAGACAAAAAGACUCAAGAAAAGCUUGAAGAAUUGAAUAAUGAAAGAGCUAAUCUCUCUAAAUCUAAAGACACCAAGGAAGUUUGGAAAAAGAAAAUCCAAAAGCUCAAAUAAGAAAUAGAAGAAAGUGACAAGGAACUAUAAAAUUUAAACAAUCACAUUGCCGACUGUGAAGUCAAUAUUGAACAUAAUAAAAAGGAUUUAAUCAAAUCAAAAGACAGAGUUAUCUAAGAAAAUAAAAAUAUAGAAGAUCAAAAGAAAAAACUUGAAAGCAAUGACUAAGAUUUGAACCAAAAGAGAAAGGAAAACUAAGAAUUGAAGAGACAAAAAGAUGAGCUUGAGCUAGAAAUUUAGAAGCUCUAAGGUAAGAGAGUUGAGCUUGAAGAAAAAGAAAAAACUCUUAAGUAAAGAAAAGACGAAAUAGAAUCUGAAGUUAAGAAGAUCGAAGAAUUCAACAAAAAAAUCACUGCAGAAAUUACUGACAUUCGUCUUUAUCUCAAUAAUUUAGAAAAAGAAAAUGAGUUUAUUAGAAAUGAUAAAGAUCUUUUCGGCUAAUAAGGAAGUGAGGACUACGACUUCUCUAAAUUUAACUUAAAUGAACUUAAGAGAAGAUACCAUAACACUGUAUAGGAACAACAAAUAAGAUAAAAGCAAGUAAACUUUAAGGUUGAGGCCAUGAGUGAAAAAGUAGAAAAAGAUUAUUAAUAACUUAAUGAAAAACGCCAAAUUCUUGAAAAUGAUAAGAUCCUCCUUUUCAAGAACAUGGACGAAUUGGAUAAGAAAAAGUAAGAAACUUUAGAAAAAUGUUAUUUGGAAGUUAAUAAAACAUUUGGCUAAAUCUUUUCUGAUCUUUUGCCAGGUGCUGCAGCUCGUAUAUAACCUCCUGAAGGUCAAGAUGUUUCUGCUGGUCUUGAAUUGGGUGUUGCUUUCAACAAUGUAUGGAAAACUUCUCUAUCUGAAUUAUCAGGAGGUUAAAGAUCACUUCUUGCUCUUUCUUUCGUACUUGCACUCCUUAAAUAUAAGCCUGCUCCUUUCUAUAUUUUGGAUGAAGUAGAUUCCGCUUUGGAUUUGUCUCAUACUGAAAAUAUAGGUUAUAUGAUUUCUCAAAGAUUCCAAAACUCUCAGUUCCUUCUUAUUUCCUUAAAAGACGGUAUGUAUCAAAAUGCUAAUGUAUUGUUUAAAACUUCCUUCGUUGACGGUGUAUCUAAAGUUGACAGAAUUCCAUUAAAGAAAAAAAUUACAAAUAACAAUAAAAAGAAAAAAAUGGAAGUUGAGGAUGAUAAAGAAAAUUAAAAUUGA